CUUUUGCAUCGCUCCAUCGAAAAAGAAAAAGAUUAAAAAAAUUGCCUCAAAGAAAUAAAUGGCGCUUUCUGCAAGCCCAGAAACGGCACGGCACGCGGCCAUUCACACAAAGAAACAAACGAUUCAUCUGUUAUAACAAAGGGAAUGAAAAUGAAUCAUAUUGCCAACUGCAUUUGCUUGAAAGUUUCCAACCUCCUUCAAAGAAAAUAAUCCAUCCCUUGAUGGCAUCGUUGAUGGAUGCCGGUGCUGAAGAGGACGAAGAGGACGAACAGGACGAAGAACAAAGGAUUGAUGUUGCGCUCGAUAAUGCCUUUACAGGGCUAGAAAAAUUACACUUCUAUUUGGCGAUAUUAUCGAUUUUCUUUAUGCCCGCUGUGUUAUGGGUUGUGAAGGAUUUCAACAAAGACAGCGAAUUCACUGCUUUUGGCGUAUUUAUAGGGGCUAUCUUUACCUCAGUACAGAUUGGUGUGGUCUUUGGGAUUGGGAGGGUGGUCAUUGGGCGAAGAGCCAUGUUAUUCGGGAAUGUGAUUUUCUGUAUCUGCAGAGGAUUAUUCAUGGUGAGUCUCUUUCUGGCAGUUUAUUUUCUGAUGCCAGAUCAAUUAAAAUGGGUUGCAAUGAGUGUGAAUUAUGGAGCUCUGUUUGUUGAGGUAGUAAUUUUUGCCUCGCUCUUCCUUUAGCUGGGCUAACUGCAGUCGACAUUUUUUCACAUAUGCCCUAAAGCAUUAUGAGGACAGGAUAAGCCCAUCAUUGAUUUUAUUGUGUAUAACACAGGCACCUUUGUUAUUAUGCAAAAGUUUUAAUACUAUAGCAAGCAAAUAAGCAUGUGAAAUUCAAAACAGAAAAUUCAAAAUAUGUCUAAUUAAGUCUUUUUUGUUC